AUGUGGCGCCAGUCCGGCAGCAAGGAGAGACCAUGAUGGCCUUCCUGGCCCGCCUGGGCACCGACAUGCAACAAAUACGAGAGGAACAGCAACGAGAGGUGGCAGCCGAAAUGGCACGCCUCAACGCCAUUGCAUGCGACGCGGCGCAACGGCGCCGGCAGCACGCUGAAGCAGCUGCCAACCAUAACAAAGCUCGAAAAGAUGCCGCAUCUGUCCUCAUGCAGCAGGAAGCCGCUCAUACCGCCGCACUCCAAGCAUGGAAUGUUGAUCCGGCGGAGACGACGGAACCAACUGCGGAGGAGCAGACCAAGUCAGCCCUCGCCAACAUGAUGCACCAAGUCAUCGUCACUUGUAAUUGGCAACAAGUGGCGCUGGAGUAUGAGGAGACUCUCAAGAGCCUCCAUGCCCGCCUUGACGUGUUGCAGAAGGAUGACGUGCCGCACAGGCACACGGCAUCGCAAAGAAGACGUUCGUCCAAGGCAAAGCUCGGGAAACUGAGCUCCGCGGGAAGUGAGGCGACUCGACUUCUUACUCUGCCGGACACGGUUGCCUUGCUAACAACCUCCUCCACGUCCGAGGAACAUGCGUAUGUCGCCAGUCUUCACGAAGGUUAUGAAGACUAUGCUGUCCAACUGGUCCCGCCGUUGGACCAACCUCUCCACGUGCAAGAGUCAUAUGCGUGUGCGACUUCAGCACCAUCGCCAAGUGAACCAGAAUCCUCGCCGACAUUACUCAGGGACUCGUCAGUGUGGUCUAGACUUCAGGACCUCGACCCAUUAACACCGGAGGACUUCCAAUGGAUGCCUCUUCCCCCAUCUGGUUCCUUGCCGGAGCCGCAUUGCAACGCCCUAAUGGCGGAAAUAUGCAACUCCUUGCGCGCUGCAAUACCAGCUCCGUUGAUGGAAGACGGAGUAGCGGUUGUUGACCUUCGUGAGUACAUUGCGAAGAUUGACCACGAGUACGCCACGCAACAGUACGAUAACAUUGACGCACCGUUACUCAACGCCCGCAUUCAGAUCGGGAAGGCGACCUGCAACGGCUUGAUUGAUUGUAGAGCUACUCGCAACUACAUCAGCCAAGACUUCAUGAUGCGCGCCGGCCUUGGGCCGCGCAUUCGAAGGAAAUCGCAGCCCGCGCAAGUCACGUUGGCGGACAGUCGUACGCACAAGUCCAUUGACCGGUGCGUUGACUCCGUCCCUGUGUACUUCGUCCUGCAUGCACGCGAGGUCGUGUACUUUGACAUAUUGGACACACAGUUCGACAUGAUUUUGGGCAUGUCGUGGCUGCGCAGCGAGGACCACCCGGUGAACUUCUACCGCCGCACCGUUCACGUUCGUGACCGAAACGGGGUACUUGUGCCAUGUACGGUACCCCCACCUCACCCUUCGAUUGGUUGUCACAUGGUCUCCGCAGCAAGCAUUCGCAACUCCAUCGCACGGAACGACGUGGAGGAAAUGGGCAUUAGUUUCUUGCACGCCCUCCCUCCUCCCGACGAGCCAGCGGCGGAACAGCCACCGGAUCCACGCAUUGUACAACUUCUUGACUCCUAUAGCGAUGUCUUUGAAGCCCCCGCCGAAAUUGUAUCGAAUCGGCCAAUUCAUCACGAGAUCAUCCUCGAAGACGAGGUCGUACCUCUGCGCAAAUGUAUUUACCGCAUGAGCAAGGAGGAACUCGAAGUGCUUCGAAGGCAACUCGAUGACCUCACUGACAAGGGUUGGAUUCGCCCUAGCUGCUCGCCCAACGGUGCACCCGUUCUCUUCGUUCAGAAGAAGAACAAGGAGUUGCACUUAUGCAUUGACUAUCGUAAGCUUAAUGCUCAAACAAUCAAGAAUGCCGGCCCGCUCCCACGCACCGACGAUCUUCUCGAACGCUUGGCCGGCGGCAAGUAUUUCUCCAAGUUGGACCUCAAGGCCGGUUACCACCAGCUCGAGAUCCAUCCAAGAGAUCGAUACAAAACCACGUUCAAGACAUGGUACGGGCACUUCGAGUGGGUCGUAAUGCCAUUCGGCCUCACGAAUGCCCCGACCACCUUCCAAGCGACAAUGACAACGGGGUUUCGCGACAUGCUGGACCGGUUCGUGCUCAUCUACCUCGAUGACAUCUUGGUAUAUAGCCGGAAUUUGGACAAGCACAUCGUGCAUCUACGCGCUGUUUUGGACAGGCUACGUACGGUCAAGUACAAGGCCAACCGAGCCAAGUGCGAAUUCGCGCAGCAAGAGCUCGAGUACUUGGGCCAUUUUGUGAUGCCGCAAGGCAUCCAUCCGCUCGCGAACAAGAUCAAGGCCAUUCAAGAUUGGCCGGAACCAACCAACACCACGAAAAUCCGAUCUUUUAUGGGAUUGGCCGGGUACUACCAACGCUUCAUCGGAGGAUACGCACGGAUCGUCGCGCCCUUGUCAAGAUUGCAGUCUCCAAAGGACCCUGUGCCUGCUGCAUUGGUUGAGAAACCGAUGGAACAAACGGCUGCGGCGGCAUUUGUUGCUGCAACGACACUUGCUACUGCUGCUGUACCUGCUGCUGCAGCGGACCCUGUUGCAAAGGCUGCUGCACUUGCGGCUGCCCUGUAGCUGCAGCCAUUGAUUGGGGAAAUGAAGAAGGCUGUACAAG